GACACAUCUUCGAUUGGAGGAUGUUUAAUCCUUUUACAACUUUGGGCAUGGGAGAGGUUGCCAAUGGUUCGACCCCAACGGGUUCUUCCACUGCAUGCAAUAUUUGAUUUGCCCUAUGGUGCUAGGUGGGCUUGUGCACAUAACUGGGCCGACUCUAGCAGAUUCACUCUUCGCAUUUAUAGGGACCAAUUUGACCGAUUAAGCGAGUCGGAGUUUGAAUGGAAACCUUACCCGCUUACUAGUCUUCCAGCUUUUUGCACUCAUGCAUUUGAUCUGUGGGCAACUAAAGCUCCACUUAUUUAUUGUUCAUAUUUUGAGGCAUACUAUCCUGGUAGAUUUUGUCGUCAAUUCGGUGCAGUCCAGGAUAUACCUAGGAGCGUGACUCAUAACGACCGUCACUAUGCUACUAGACCAGAGAACAAUGCUGAGUUUAUUACAGAAUGGGAGCAACGAUGGCAAACAUUAUAUGUGUUUGACCUGACCAGAUGCGGGGGAUUCACUAAUGAGUAUCGUGGGUGGUUUCGUUACAUGGGCAAGACACACAUUAACAACCCCUCACAAGACCGUCCUACAACCGGAUUUGUUCCAGCUCAUCCACAUAUUGCUAUCGCGGUUAUUAUUUAAAAGUGUUUGGUAUUCUCAUAUAAUGUAAUAAUUCAAAUUAUUAACUGUAUAAAUUUGUAUUGCAGUCUCACUGUUUGGGCCAGGUUGCUCGGGAAAUGAUUGACAGAGGUGACCCUCGAGAUUGUGGGAUGAUUGAGCGAAUCAGGAAUUGCCUAAGGCGGAUAGGUGCAGAAGAAGCAAUGGAUCACGACAUCAUCACAUUUGAAGAUGUUGAUGAAGGACACGCAUCGCCCGAUGCUCAUGGCCAACAGACUAGACCAGGGUAUGGGUUACAUGAUGAUGAUACAUCUCAUGAUACACCCAUGGAGCCGCC